AUGAUCCUCCGUCGGGCGGCGCGCCACCCGUGGCCUCUUCUCUCCGCGUGUCGCCGACGGUCCUCGUCCCCCGGCCCCGCCCCGGGCCGGGAAGAAGGCCUGCGCGUGUUAGGCCGCGUCUACCCCUGCGACGACUUCACCAACGUCACGCCCAAGAUUCUGGCCAAAGUGGGCCGCGACCUCCACAACCAACGCCAUCAUCCGCUCUGGCUCCUCAAAGAGAGGAUAAAAGCUCACUUCUACAGCGCUUACGCGGCUCGCUCAGGGAACCCGCUGUUCUCGGCCCACGACAACCUGAGCCCCGUGGUGACGACGGAGCAGAACUUUGACAGCUUGCUGAUCCCGAGCGGACACCCCGGCAGGAAGCGUGGCGACAACUACUACCUGAACAGGACCACCAUGCUUCGCUCUCACACCUCGGCCCACCAGAAAGAGCUGGUGAGCGCGGGUCUGGACGCCUUCCUGUUGGCCGGAGACGUUUACAGACGGGACGAGAUCGACGCCAGCCACUAUCCCGUUUUUCACCAGAUGGAGGGCGUGCGCCUCUUCUCCAACCGCCAGCUCUUCUCCGGCGUCGCUCACGGCCAAGACCUGAACGCGUUUGAGGCGGCGGGUCGCCGGACGCCCCAAAAGCAGGAAGUUCACAGCCUGGAGGCCGUCAAGCUGCUGGAGUCGGACCUGAAAACGACGCUCCGCGCGCUGAUCGGCCGUCUGUUCGGAGAAGGCGUGGAGGUGCGCUGGCUGGACUGUUACUUCCCUUUCACUCAUCCCUCGUUUGAGAUGGAGGUGCGUUACAACGGCGUCUGGAUGGAGGUGCUGGGCUGCGGAAUCAUGGAGCAGCGAAUCCUCAACUCGGCCGGCGCCGCCGACAAGGUGGGCUGGGCGUUCGGACUGGGCCUGGAGCGCCUGGCCAUGGUUCUCUACGACAUCCCCGACAUCCGAAUCUUCUGGAGCCGAGACGAACGCUUCCUCAAACAGUUCCGUGUGGACGACAUCCAUCGGCGGGUCCGCUUCCAGGCGCUGAGCAAAUACCCGCCGCUGCGCAACGACAUCUCCUUCUGGCUUCCCGCCGACGAGGCCGCCUUCCACGCCAACGACUUCUACGAAUUGGUGCGCGCCGUCGCCGGGGACCUGGUGGAGGAGGUCACUCUGCUGGAUGACUUCACGCACCCCACGAGCGGGAGGCGGAGUUUGUGCUUCCGUCUGGUUUACCGCCACACGGAGCGCACGCUGAGCCAGCGAGAAGUCCGGCGAGUUCACGGCGAAAUCCAACGGCGGGCCCAAACGCAGCUGGGCGUGGAGGGACGCUACUGA